AUGAAUUCAUUUCCAAUGGUUGAACAAGAAGAAACUUUAUUUCUUCUUGAUGAACAACCACCACCAAAUUUACAAAAAUCUGAAAGUUUUGAUGAUGAUAAUAAAAAUCAUGGUUUAAAAUCACUUCAACGUAUUUUAUCAGCAUCAGCAUCAUUAGCAUCAACAAAUCAACCACAACCUUAUAGAUCUUUAUCAGCUCAUGAUUUAACUCCACAAUUACAUACAAAUGAUUAUGGUUUACCACCAACAAAUCCAUCACGACGUUCAACAACUCCAACAACACGUAAUAAUAUAAAUGAUAUUGAUACAUUUGUUCGUCAAUUUGAAAUACGUCUUCGUGAACAUCGUUUAAUUUGGCAAAAAGAAUAUGAUGCAACAGUUCAACGAUUAAAUGAAACAAAAAAUAAUGAAUUCGAAGCAUUAAAAAAUCGUUAUGAAACAAAAUUACAUACAUUAGAAGAUGGUAAUAAACAAUUAGAAAUAAUUUUAGAAAAACUUAAUGAAGAAAAUCAACGAUUAAAAUUUGAAAUUGAACAUCAAAAACAACAAACUAAAACUGAACAAGUAACUAUUCAAGAACAUUUAAAAGAAAUACAAAAUGAAAUGGAACGAAAAGUUCAAGAAAUAAAAAAUUUUUAUGAAAAUGAAAAACAAGAUAUAAAACGACAACAUUCACGAACAUAUCAAGAUUUAUUAGAUGAAACAAAUCAACGUUUAAAAAAAAUGGAAAAUGAUUAUAAAUCUCAACAAUCAACACAUGAUUCAACAAUAAAUGAAAUGGAAAGACGUAUGGUUGAUUUACGUUCAAAUCUUGAUCGUCUUCAACAAAUGAAAUUAAAACUUGAUGAAGAUAAAAUUUCAUUAGUUAAAAAUAAUGAACAAUUACAAUUACAGAUACAAGAAUUAACAAAUAAAUUACGUCAUGCAGAUCGUGAUCAUGCUGAUCAAAUUCAACGUUAUGAAAAUGAAUUAAAAUCUCUUCGUCUUCGUAAUGAAUCAGGUGUUGAUUUAUUACGUAAAGAAAAUGAUUUAACAAAAAAUAAAGCAACAAAAACAAUUGAUGAAUUAGAAAAACAAUUAUCAACAAUAACAGAAAAAUUUUAUGAUAUGCAAAAAUUAUUUGAACAAAAAUUAAAUGAACAACAAACAUCAUAUCAAAAUAAUAUUCAUCAAUGUGAAAAUGAUUAUGAAAAAAAAAUACAAUUAUUAAAACAAGAAAUGAAACAAUUAAAUGAUAAAUUUCAUUUAGCUAUACAACAAAAUGAACAAUUACAAAAUGAAUUAAAACAAAAACAUCAAGAAUUUAAACAAUUAAAUGAAACAUGUUUACAACAAAAAGAUUUAAUUGAAAAAAGUGAAAAAGCUUUUGCACAAAUUAAAAUUGAUUUAGAAAAAAAAUUUCAUGACAAAAUUCAAGAAAUAAAUGAUAAAGCACGUCAAAAUGAACAACAAUUAAUCGAAAAUUUAAAUCGUGAUCAUGUAAAAGUUUGUGAAAAACUUAAACUUGAAUACGAACAAAUCAAAGAACAAAAUGAAGAAAAAAUACGAACAAAUUUUAAUAAAGACAUCGAAGAAAUUAAACAUAAAUAUGAUCAAGCUACGGAAAAACAAGAACAAAAAAUGAAAUAUGAUUUACAACAAAUUGAUAAAUUAUCUGUUGACAAAAAACUUGUACAUGAAAAUGAAAAACAAAAGCUCAUCAAUGAAUAUGAACAAUUUAUUCGAAAAAUUGAAAAACAACAUAAUCAAAAAACUGAUGAAUACGAAAAACGUAUUGAAAUUUUAAUUUCAAAAACUCAUGAACAAUUAAAAUCAAUCGAAGAUGAAUUUUCAGAACGUAAUUCUAAACAACAAUCUAUUAUAAAUGAUCAACAAAAAAUGAUUCAAGUACUUAAAGAUGAACAAAAUAAAACCAAAGCAUCUUAUGAAAAACAAAGUUUUGCAUUAAAUGAACAAUGUCUUCGUGAAAAAAAUGAAAUAAAAGCUCAAUUUGAUUUAUGUAUGAAAAAUCUUGAAAAAAAUUUCAAUACAUUAACAUUAAAAAAAGAACAACUUGAACGUAAAUUAUCAUAUUUAAAUGAACAACAUAAACAUGAAUUACUUGAAUGUCGUUUAACAUAUGAAAAUAAUUUAAAAGGUUUAUUAUCAAAUGAUGUUCGAAUUGAUUUAGAAAAUACAAUACAUUCAUUAAAACAACAAGUUGUUUAUUUACAACAACGUAUUGCUUUUCUUCAACAAGAACUUGAGCAGUAUAUACAAAUUUAUGGUCAUAGACCAUUUGCACAACCAUUAGUUAAAACAACAAAUCAGGAUUAA